UAGCACUUUUUUUAUGUCAUAAUAAAUAAACAAAACAUUAAAACUUGGUCUCAGCUAGCAAGUAAUCCCUCCAACUUUGAGUAUGCACAUCUAGACUCCUCAACUCGUCUCGUAGUUGAACACUCCAGCUUACAAAAUGAUCAUCUAAACAAUUCCCACCAAAUUUAUGUGACAUGUCAUCAUCGGUGUCCAUGAGACAACAUGGACAAGUUGAAGUGUUUAGUUGUCAAUUGAGACCAAAUUGAGGUAUUUUGAUGUGCACUCUCAAAGUUGAGAGUGCUUACUUGCCAGUGGAGUCCAAGUUUGAGUGUAUGUUAAUGUAUAAUGCUUUAUUUUUUAUUGUCAUUUUAUUGGCUUGUUUAUGUUUUUGGGUGAGUGUAGUACAUCAUGAUCAUGGGAAGGUCCAAAGGGAUCUUUUGAUUCUGCUUUUAAAGAAAUCAAUUUGUACCUAUAAUGAUGGAUGCCAUGAGAUCAGACUUUGUAUUUUAGUUGUUGGAAUAGUAGUGCACUAAUUAUUUUUCUUCUUCUGGAUACUAUAUGUUGUAAAUUAGUAUAAACUAUUAUGUGGAGGUUCCACCAACCACCACUUUCCAAGAAAGAUGAAAAAUUUAAAAGAUUAAAAUAGAAUAGGAAAACACCAACAGUUUGUUCUUUAAUCCAUUAUUCAAGCGAAAACAAACAAUUCUGCUUAGAAGGAAGUCAUUAUUAGUUUCAUGGUUUGGGCCUGAAAAGUGAACAUGAAGUAGACUGAUUAAAUAUCCACAUAUUUGUACUAGUUGAGGUAAGGUCAGUUGGCACUUUUUAUGGUGUUGAGGAACAGAACUAUUCUGGAUAUGGCACAUUCUAUGAUGAGAGGAAACACCUUGUAAACUGCACAGUAGAAAUUCUUUUGGUUCCAAAUAUCUAAUUUGUUGAGUUGGCCUAGGGCAGUAUUCAUAUAGCUAGGAUAUGUAUCUAUCACUUGGUCUUGAAUUCUUUUUAAGCUUGUAAGCAGGUUUUGUGGCUUUUGGAGCAUUCAAGACUUGGUUAAUUAUAAAUAUUGAACACCUUAUCUAUUUAUUUUUGGUUAAAAGGAUAAUAAAUUAUUAAUAUUAAGGAGAUCUAUCAUAAGAAGUUAAGAACUACUACUACAAAUACAUUUCAUAUUGACCAAGAGGAGAGUGGAAAUCACAUUGUUUUCUUUACAUGCCUGUAUGUGUUUGGAACUACGACAAGCGACUACUCUUCAGUCCAACACAAGUUGAGGUCAGCUAUCCAAUAUGUUUUAGAAAGAAAACAAGGAUGUUAGGUUGCAAGGCCACAAUUAUCCCAAUAGAAGAAAAACAGCAAAAAACACUCAGCCUAAGUGCAGUUUCGAAGUCAAAUGAUUCUCAGCCAAACUUUGUCCCAUGGUUGGAUGAAUCUGCUAAAAUUUCACCAUCUUCUUCUUUUGUUACUGAUAAGGCUUUUGGUCUCCACUUUGCACCUGAGGCAACUUCCUUCUCAUUCUUUAUCCUUGUUUUUCACAGACCUUACAACUAACACGCCAUUCUAAAUAUGAUUCUACGUACAUGUUGCAUAGAAUUGAAUUCACUGGGGCAAUAAAGCAGAUGAUUGUUGAUAUAAUUUUUGUACUGAGUUGCCUCUUUCAAGGCAUUCAUUGAAUAUGAGCCAUGGACUUCUCCCUGUGGCAUAAGUUGUUGAUGUAAUCUCUGUUGUAUUUUGUAUUAGCAACCUACUGGUUUUUUUCUUCUUCUUAGAUGCAAGACAAAUAGUUCUCAAAUGUGGUUUGUAUCUUUUGGAAGAGAAAUUUCCAAAUGAGUAUUCUCUAUUGAGAAAAUUCAUACAUUGGAGUGAUAACUGAUUUAACCUUUACACUUUUGAAACUAGGAAGGGAGGGAUUGCUUUGUAAAGACUAUGGGUGUGUUUGGUAU